GAAUAUUAUCGACUUAACUUCUCGACGUGUCAUUCUCGUCUUUUCUGCUUGUUAGGUCGUGGUUAGGUACUUGUUUGUACAUUACUUGUAGGAUCAGAAAUUUCUUGGCACUAUAAUUAUUAGGUUUUGUUCAAUUCUACUCAUCCUUGACCACGGUUUUAACAAAAAUUGUAUAUUUAUCUUUUUAGGUAGGUUAGACCUACCUAUUUAAUUUUUUUUAUUUUAGAGUAUACGACCUAUGCUUUGCAAUACCGUACCUAUUUGUCUACAAUCUUUGAUUAGAAAAAAAUUUGAAAAUAAUUCAUUUAUUUGCAUUGCGUCAAAGAGAACAUUACUUGACUACAGUCUGUGUUGAAAGAAUCAUCGCUUAAUCGCUUUCUAUACUGUAAACUCGGAAAAUUGUAGUCGACAUUGAACAUUGAAUGAUUUGGUUAAUUCAAGAAUUUUGAACCGGUUUGGUGUGUAAAGUCAGCGUGUGUAAAAAGCGCAGUCAUUCUGUCGGCCUCAUUCUACAGUUUGUCAACAUAAAUCUACAAUGGAGAUACAAAUAUUGAGCACGUCAGGUGGCAAAGAAAUCGGAUCAUUGGAUAAUCUUACUCCGUCAACGACCCUGCGCGAUGUGAAACGCGGCAUUAGCAGCAAGCUGAGCCGCAAGCUCUACCCGGACCGCCAGUCGCUGCGACUCGAGCCGAAGGGCAAGACACUCAAGGAUGACGACACCCUGGCCAGCCUCGGCCUCAAGACAGGCAGCAAGCUCUACGUCAAGGACCUCGGGCCGCAGAUCGGAUGGGUGACCGUCUUCCUAGCCGAGUACGCCGGCCCGCUCUUCAUCUACCUCUGGUUCUAUCAGCGACCUUGGCUCUUCUACGGCGACACCUCUCAGUCGCCGCCUGUUCAGCAUGUUGUUCACCUAGCUGCCGGCUGUUACACAUUCCAUUACGCUAAGAGGAUUCUGGAAACGUUGUUUGUGCACAGGUUUUCACAUGCGACUAUGCCUAUCAUGAAUCUCUUCAAGAACUGCUCGUACUACUGGAUGUUCACAGCUUAUGUGGCCUAUCAUGUGAACCACCCUCUCUUCACAAGUCCAAGCAUUGUACAAGUUUACGCUGGACUCGCCGCUUUUGUAUUGAGUGAAGUGGGCAACCUGAGCAUCCACGUAGCACUGCGCAACCUGCGGCCGCCCGGCACCAAGGUGCGGCGCAUUCCUGUGGCUACCGGAAACCACACGGCGCUCUUCAACUUCGUCUCCUGUCCCAACUACACCUACGAGUUCCUCUCAUGGGUCUCCUUCACUGUCAUGACGCAGUGUUUGCCAGCGGCUCUGUUCACAUUCGCUGGUAGGUACCAGAUGACGAUCUGGGCUCUAGGAAAGCAUCGCAACUACAAAAAGGAAUUCUCAAACUAUCCAAAGCAGAGGAAAGCUAUUCUGCCGUUCCUUAUUUAAAUUCAUCUCACCAAUCGAACUCUGUAGAGUGUGUGGACUUGAAUUCCGUCAACAGUGGAUUACUAUACUAGUGUUUUUGUUGCCAUAAUUUGUGCGCGAUUAUUUGUGGAGAGAAUGAUUGUUAAAGUUUAGUCUGGGUUUGUAGGGCUAUUGGUUGAGGAAGGACAUGUAUAUACUUUCUAAUAAUUCUUCUACAAACUUCUAGGUGUUUGUUUCUGAUGGAUCUGUGCAUGGUAGAUAUAAGGACAUUUUUAUAAUUGUAUUUCGUUAUUGUGUUCCCCUUUGAACUAGUGUACAAUUUUUCGCAAAAUAUGCUACGUAUCAAAUGUAA